AUGUCGACUCUCACAGGAGCCCAGGGCAAGGUUUGCGGUCGCCGGCGCAGCCCUCGCCUAGGCGCCAGGGUCGGGCUUCGCCCCAGCACCCUCCUGGGCUCCUCCCGACCGCCCUCCGCGUGCCGCGUGCCUGAAGGCUCCAGCCGCCUGGGGGCAGGGACCGCGAGGACGGGCCGGGCGGGGCCAGAGGGCGGGGUCCCAACUCAGCGCCUCGAAGUCACCCGGACGGACCCUAGCCGACCUUGCCUGGCCUGUCUGUCCGAGCAUCAUGGGAGUCGUGGGCAAGUCCAUUUGGAGCUAAUAUUGUACCUCUUGUUUCUCUUUCAGAAAAGAGAAAUUUACUCUGUGGAACUAAAUACAACUAAAGCCAUGGAGGAAACAGACAAGGGGGAGGACCAGAAACACAGGGGGCGCCUGAAGAACAAGUGUUGGAACUACAAAAAGAAUCCCCAGAAAGAGGAGACUAAGAAGGACCUUGUUCUGGAUGAUCACAAACUCAGCAGUGAGGACUUGGAAAAGAAAUAUGGAACAAACAUCAUUACGGGUCUUUCCAGUGCUAGAGCUGCUGCGCUCCUGGCUCGAGAUGGGCCCAACACUCUCAGCCCUCCCAAGAAGACCCCGGAGAUUGUCAAGUUCCUAAAGCAGAUGGUGGGGGGCUUCUCCAUCCUCCUGUGGAUUGGAGUGCUCUUGAGCUGGAUCACAUAUGGGAUUGAGUACUCCAUGCAUCCAGACACUCCCCUAGAUGAUGUGUAUUUGGGUGUUGUGCUUGCUGUGGUGGUUAUGCUAACGGGCAUGUUUGCUUAUUACCAAGAUGCAAAAAGCACCAACAUCAUUGCCAGCUUCAGUAAAAUGAUCCCUCAGAAAGCACUUGUCAUCCGAGACGCAGAGAGGAAGACAAUUCCUUCAGAGCAGCUCGUGGUGGGGGACAUAGUGGAGAUUAAAGGAGGAGAUCAGAUUCCUGCAGACAUCAGAUUGCUGUGUUCUCAGGGAUGCAAGGUGGAUAACUCUUCUCUCAGUGGAGAGUCAGAACCUCAGUCCCGGUCCUGUGACUGCACCCAUGACAAUCCCCUGGAAACAAAGAACAUUGGCUUCUAUUCUACAACCUGUCUGGAAGGCACAGCAACUGGCAUGGUCAUCAACACGGGUGACCGCACCGUCAUUGGACAAAUUGCCUCACUGGCUUCAGGAGUUGGAAAUGAGAAGACGCCCAUUGCCAUUGAGAUAGACCAUUUUGUUCAUAUUGUGGCGGGAGUGGCCGUCUCCCUUGGCAUUACUUUCUUCAUCAUCGCAGUGUCCAUGAAGUAUCCUGUCUUGGACUCCAUCAUCUUCCUCAUCGGCAUCAGUGAAGCCAAUGUGCCUGAGGGCUUCCAGGCCACUGUCACUGUAAUGCUGACGCUGACAGCAAAACGGAUGGCCAAGAGGAACUGCCUGGUGAAGAACCUGGAGGCGGUGGAGACCCUCGGCUCCACCUCCAUCAUCUGCUCUGACAAGACUGGGACUCUGACCCAGAACAGGAUGACUGUGGCCCAUCUAUGGUUUGACAAUCAGAUCUUCAUGGCCGACACAAGUGAAGACCAUUCAAAUCAAACCUUUGACCAAAGCUCUGGUACCUGGGCCUCCUUAUCCAGGAUCAUAACACUGUGCAAUCGAGCUGAGUUCAAGCCAGGACAGGAAAGUGUUCCCAUCAUGAAGAAAAUUGUGGUUGGAGAUGCCUCAGAAACUGCCCUCUUGAAAUUCUCAGAAGUCAUUUCGGGAGAUGUGAUGGAAAUCAGAAACCGCAACCGCAGAGUAGCUGAAAUCCCCUUUAACUCCAUCAACAAAUUUCAGCUCUCCAUCCAUGAGACGGAUGACCCCAAUGACAAACGCUUCCUCCUGAUGAUGAAAGGGGCCCCAGAGAGGAUCCUUGAGAAGUGCAGCAGCAUCCUGAUCAACGGCCAAGAGCAGCCCCUGGACAAGAGCACGGCCGAGGCCUUCCACACGGCCUACAUGGAGCUCGGGGGCCUGGGCGAGCGUGUUCUGGGUUUCUGUCAUCGCUAUCUGCCAGCAGAUGAGUUCCCAGAAACCUAUUCAUUUGACAUAGACACCAUGAACUUUCCCACUUCCAACCUCUGCUUUGUGGGGCUCUUGUCGAUGAUCGAUCCUCCUCGGUCCACUGUGCCUGAUGCUGUUAGCAAAUGCCGGAGUGCUGGGAUCAAGGUCAUUAUGGUGACUGGCGACCAUCCCAUCACAGCCAAAGCUAUUGCCAGGAGUGUAGGUAUCAUUUCAGCCAACAGUGAGACAGUGGAAGACAUUGCAAAACGCCUCAACAUUGCUGUGGAGCAAGUUAACAAAUGGGAUGCUAAUGCCACUGUGGUGACGGGCAUGGAGCUGAAGGACAUGAGCCCAGAAGAAUUAGAUGCGAUCUUAGCCCACUACUCAGAAAUCGUCUUUGCCCGGACGUCCCCACAGCAGAAGCUGACUAUCGUGGAGGGCUGUCAGAGACUGGGCGCCGUAGUUGCUGUGACAGGAGAUGGAGUUAACGACUCUCCAGCUCUAAAGAAGGCAGAUAUUGGAAUUGCCAUGGGCCUAGCGGGUUCUGAUGCAGCCAAAAAUGCAGCCGACAUGGUCUUACUGGACGACAACUUUGCAUCCAUAGUCACAGGAGUUGAAGAAGGUCGCCUGAUCUUUGACAACCUGAAGAAGAGUAUUGCUUACACCUUGACCAAGAACAUGGCUCUCCUUUGCCCCUAUUUGAUCUAUGUUAUUGUUGGGCUCCCCCUUCCCAUUGGUGCCAUCGCCACCUUGUUCAGUGACCUAAGCACAGACAUUAUUCCUUCCAUUGCCUUGUCCUAUGAGAAAGCUGAAAGGGAUAUAAUGAACCGGAAACCUCGCCACAAGAAGGACAGACUGGUGAACAUGGCCCUCGUCCUUAACUCUUACAUGCACAUUGGCCUCAUGGAAUCCGUGGGAGCUUUUGUUGUUUAUUUCACCGUUUAUGCACAGGAGGGGUUUAGACCCAGUACACUCAUUGGUCUCCGAGAAGAAUGGGAAAAUGACAAUGUGAAUGACUUAGAAGAUAACUAUGGACAAGAAUGGACCAGGUACCAGAGGCAGUACCUAGAAUGGACGGGCUACACAGCAUUCUUCGUUGCCAUCUUGGUCCAGCAAAUAGCUGAUCUGAUUAUGAGGAAAACCCGGAGAAACUCCAUUUUCCAGCAGGGUCUUUUCAGAAAUAAAGUCAUCUGGGUUGGGAUUACAUCGCCGAUCAUCAUUGCGUUAAUCCUGUCCUAUGGCCUUGGGAGUGUCACAGCCCUGAAUUUCACCAUGCUACGGGCUCAUUUGUGGUUUGUGGCUGUGCCAUUUGCUGUUCUGAUUUGGGUAUAUGAUGAGGUGCGAAAACUUCUCAUCAGACUCUACCCUGGAAGUUGGUGGGAUAAGAACAUGUAUUAUUAA